AUGGCAGAAUAUCGACACCUAAGAAAGCCGCAUCCUCAAUGGCUUGAAUUCCCCAAGAAUUUGCCUCCCGGUACACGUAUCAAUCGUAUGAGCAGGGAGCGCAAGCAAAUAAUACCGGAUCCCGCCCUCGACAUUUCUGAAUUCGACAUCAAAGCUCGCGAUGGAUACGAUAUCCGCAUCCGCUCCUAUCGCAGAAUUGGUGCAGGAAACAAGCUCCCACUAUUCCUCUACAUGCAUGGCGGAGGCUUCGUCACGGGAUCCUUAGAAACAGAUGAUCCUACCUGCCGAGCCUGGGCGAAGUCGAUUGAUCUGCAUGUUCUCAACGUCGAGUACCGUCUUGCACCUGAGCACAGCUUCCCAUUCGGCUUCGAAGACUGCUGGGAUGUUUUGUCGUGGACGAGUACGCCCGAAGCUGCUGAGAAGCUCGACGUAGACCUCACCAAGGGGUUCCUCGUCGGCGGCACGUCUGCGGGUGGUAAUUUCACCGCCGGGCUUGCACAGAGGUAUCUUUCGAAACAGAUGUCGCCGCCCAUCACCGGUCUGGUUCUCUUGGCUUCGUCCUUCUGCCAUCCAGAUGUCCGACCCGAGAGGUACCGCUCGCAGAUUCUGAGUGUCGACGAGAUCGACGACGCCCCUGGCCUCACGAAAGCAUCUAUCGAGUAUUUCUGGAAGAAGUAUGGCGCGCCGAAGGACGACAUACGCUACUCGCCGCUGCUUAACGAUUCCUGGAAGGGCAUUGCGAAGAAGGCUUAUUUCUCGGUUUGUGGUUGGGACCCGAGACGCGAUGAGGAGUUGCUUCUGGGAAAGAUCUUGAGGGAGGACGGCUUGGAGGUGAAAGAGGAUGUGUACCCUGGUCUGCCACACGGCUUCUGGACGACGUGUCCGGAUCUGGAAGUUAGUAGGGACUGGGAGAAGGACGUCGUUGGCGCCGUGAAGUGGAUGCUAGAGCCAUAAUCGCGAUACGUGACGAAUAGUGAAUAGAUAAUAAUAGCACCUAUAUCACCCUAUCAUAAAAGAGAGUUG